CGCGGUGUCCGAGUCCUACCGGUGUUGCGCGCCCCUGCAUUUAGAAACAGAGAGAGAAGGAAAACUUCGGAGAAAUGGCGGAGGGUGCUGCGACACUCAAAGGCUUGCGAGCCCAAAUGGCUGCAGCCGCUCAGGCACAAGCAGAGGAGCGGCGUAACUUAGCAGGGAACAGUCCAGGACCUACAACAAACACAACAGCUAAACCUCAGGGGUGUAGGCCAGUAAUUGACGGUGGCACGCUUCGAGUGGACGACCGACUGCGAGUAGCAAAAGAGAGGAGAGAGGAGGCAGAAAGACAACAGGCUGUGCGAGAGUCUCAGAUCAUGGAGCGCGAACGCAAAGCUAAGCUGCAAGUGGAGCGUCAGUUGGAGGAGCGUCAGAAAAAGUUGGAGGAGCAACGACGGAAGGAGGAGCAGAAACGGUUGGCUGUGGAGGAGAAGAGGAAACAGAAGCACGAGGAAGAAAAGGAACACUAUGAGGCAGUGAUGAGGCGAACAAUGGAGCGCAGUCAGAGACUCGAGCAGAGGCAGAAGMGAUGGUCUUGGGGGGGUUUGUCCACAGAUCAAGAUGGAAAAGCAGGAGACUCCAGUGCCAGCCUCCCCUCCCCAGUAACUAUAGUUGUCUCGUCUGCCUCGUCAGAAAAGCCACAAAGGAGUGGACAAGUUGACAAGCGCUCCACAUCCUCCACCAACCUAAAACAGCCGUCUGAGGCUGGCAUCAGCAAACGUUUGUCCUCCUCCUCUGCCACGCUCAUCAGAACUCCCGACAAACGUGUUAAGACGAGGAGUUCGUCUUGUAACCGGCUGCCAAGCAAUGGCACAGCUGCUCAGGCCAGUAAGGAAGAUGGCAAAAAGCUUCAGGUGGAACAGACAGGCCUUUCUUCGAAGAAGAGAAGUUCCUCCCUCACACGAGUGAGCGCGAGCAGAGCGCAGACCCCCGCCAAGCCCGAUAAGGGGACGACGGACGAUCAAGCCCGCAGGCCACCGGCAAGUGCUGUGGAUGAAGGGGUCCUUAGUCGCCUCCUCACCCCCACCCAGGCCUCACUAGCUAGGAGCAAGAGCGCCGCUGCCCUGUCCGCUGAAGGAACGGACGCUCCAGAGUAUCACCUGUGUCCUCGUUCAGCCUCUGCCAGCCCCCUGCACCCGCCGAGGGGACCCAUGCGCAGCCGCAGCACCGACCGUCAGAAAAGCGCCAUGACGACGUCGAAGUCGGCCAGCGAAGCCCUCGACCCUUCUCUGAAAGACAAGCAGUUAACGUCACCUCAGGGGCAGCGUCCCGCCUCCCCAUCCGCCACCCUGGUACGCAACCGUUCACCUUCCCCGGCUCCCAGUCCAGCUCCAAAGAGGACCCCRUCUCCAUCAGCAACAAAGCAGAGUCCCAGGAUGCGUCCUCCUUCACCAGCUUCAACAAAACAGCGUCCCCCAUCUCCCCAACCAACAUCAGCGAAGCCCCCUCCUAUCCAGAAACCAGCUCUCACCCCAACAGGACCCCCAACACUGAGAAAGCGGGAUUCCAAGUCCAAGGAUCUAGGUCCUGUUCAGGUUGUGGCUCCACAGUCCUCUGAUUCAAGCAAGACCAAAGAGAAGGACGACUCCAAACCUACAGCUGGCACAAACUCGGCCGCUGAGGCAGCAAAGAUCCUGGCUGAAAACCGCCGACUGAUGAGGGAGCAGAAGGAGCGAGAGGAGCAGCUCAGGAUACAGAGAGAAGAAGAAGAAAGACUGAGAAAAGAAGAAGAGGCGCGUUUAGCAGAAGAGGCUCGGCAGAAACGCCUAGAGGAGGAGAAGAGGCUGGCCGAGGAAAGGAGAGUUCAAGAGGAAGAGACGGCUCGCCUCGCCGAGGAGGAGAAGCUGAAAAUGGCAGAAGAAGAAGCGAAAAGGCAGGUGGAGCUCCAGAAGGAACGAGAGGAGGCGGAGGCGAAGGCCCAGGAGGAGGCAGAGAGGGUCCGACAGGAACGGGACCGGAUCAUGCAGCAGAACCAGCAGGAGCGCAUGGAAAGGAAAAAAAGAAUCGAUGAAAUAAUGAAGAGGACGAGGAAAGCGGACCAAAACGCCUUAAAGAAGGAUGAAGAUAAAUGUUCAGAGGAGAAUGAAGAUGAAAAUGAGGACCAGAUAAUGGGUGAAACCAAAAAUGAAAUGGAUGAUAUGGAGGAUUACAAAGAUCUGUCGUCUGAUGARCCUGUGAUGAACAGAGAAGACCCUCUGGGCAGUGUGAACGGACAGUCAGAGACGGAGGACAAAGAGAACAACAACGGCACAGACGAGACUCAGGCAGAGAGCCCGGUCCCUAAAGGCCACCUUGUUGAGGACUCAGAGUUACUGAACGGACAGGACUCGUCCACCAAAGCAGAGUUCGUCUCCAGCGUCAACGGCAAGUCGAACCAGUGGAGCUUCGAGGAGCUCAUCGACGUUAACCUUCAUUCCAAAACGCGGCCUCUGGUGGAGUCCGAGGACUGUAACCAGGUUUUAAUCAACUGUGACGGGAGCGGAGACGGAACCAGGGUGGCCUUCGAGGACAAGGCGACCCCCAUCAAUGCCCUGCAUUCCUCUAACCAACCCAUAGAAGCCAUGCCAGAAAUUUGAUGCUGCGGCCGUUGUGAUGAUUUUUGUAAAGUUGCACUCCAAAAGGUUCCUGAAUCUUCUGUUCGUUCCAAACAGCUUCCUCUUCUUYCUCCUCCUCCUCCUCUUCCUGUGGAAGCUGCACAAGGUGAAGUGGGAAGACCACCCUAAGUGCUACGUUUGCAUCCCACACAUGGAAGAAACAGACAAAAUGUUUAUCUGAGAAAAUCACGCUUUAGGGAACUAUUUCAUUUCCUUCCACCGUUCUUGCUUCAGGUAUCUUCCCCCUCGUGUUCCUAAUUCAACUUUGUGUCCAAACGUAAUUUUUUUUGUAAGUUUUGCCUUUGAUAGGGGUGCAUCGUUUUAAUUUAUUACUUUUUUCUUUUGUUUCUUUGUUAAUGUUAUUUUCAUGUGUUUUUGAGAAUAUUCCAGGACAAAUGCACAUCAGGUCAUGUAAAUUAUAAUGUCAGUUACUGAAAAUAUGUCAUUAAGUUCUGUUCUGUUUCGGUGGGAUUUCACUUUUUGCUUGUGGUUCGUCUGAAUUUCCUUGACUGGCUGCCUUUUCAUGCAGCAUCCAGCAGCAUGGCCUUACCUUCUGGUUCCCAACUCUAAAGUGCGAAAGUGGUAAAUUCAUAAUGCGCACAGCUUAAUGCGUGGAUUUCCCUUUGUUUUUUUUUGUUUUUGUUUUUGUUUUUUUUGGUCUGGCCUCUAGAUGGCCUCCUAAACAAGAAAAGUUCCAACAAAAAGUUCUCCAAAGUUCCCGCGGUGUGUUGAAAUUGGGUUUGUGUUCAGUUUAGAUUUUCACAUUAUUAAUAUUGUUAUUUUUACAAUGUGUGAAUAGAAUUGUUGUUCUUGUGUCUUUUGUAAUUUACAGCAGUUGGAUCUGGUUUUAUUCCUCUUCUCUCCCCACACCCAGCUGCUUCAGUAACGUCGACCCUUUAUAACACGCAGGUGCAGUUAGAUUCAGCUGCUCCGGAGCUUCAGAACUCACCUGUUUGUUGUUUUUGCUGAAGCGAAGGCUCAGAUCUGAAGCGAUCUGCUCCUUCGUCUAGAUUCUGCUCGUUGUGACGUUYCCAGUUCWGCUGCUGCAUCUGACAAACCRCAUUUCAGCUUUUCCUUUUGGAGGAAUGAGCUGUUUGUGAAUGAAAAAGCAUUUCUCUGUUUAUUUAAAUGUUACUGUUUUUGUGAAUUUAAUCAGUAUUAGGUCAUCCAAGCCACGUUUAGGACGAAGCGGCUCAGGUUGAGGAUGAAUGAAGUMUCCUGAUUGGUUUCCCUCUCGAGCGGUGACUUGUUCUAGGUCGGCUGCAUUCUGCUUGUUUACUCUGGGACCCCCACACAAAAAAAUAACAUCAAACCCUCUUAGCCCGUGCUCUGCAAAGCAGAAGGUCAAGUGCAGAACUGUUAUAUUCAAACAAGGCGUUUAAUCGUGCGUAAAGUUAAUUGACCUAUCAGAUGAGUCACGGUUGUGCCUUGUGGUGCUUUUAAUGUCAGAUUUUUUUUUAUGUUGUAUCCAAAAACAGGGGGUGAAAUGUUCAACGAUUGGCUCAUCAGCUCAGGUUUCAACUAAUCUACUGUAGAACAGAUUCAACAAACAUUUUAUCUCAUCGUUUUUCUGGUUCAAGUGAUAAAUAUAAGGUUUGAGAACUUUUUGCCUUUUCUGGGGAUAACUAAAAUCUCUUUGUACAGCUUAAAUGAUCUCAGCUUUGAUUUUAAAGCUCAGUGAAUGUAAYAUAAUGUAUCUAAUAUCUGCCCGCUUUCAGCAUUCAUCUUUUCUCUUAUGAAAUUUGACUGCACUAUCGUAGGUGAAAGGUUAAAGGAGUAGCUUUACUGUAUGGACAAACUAGAAGAGCAAAUAAAACCCACGUUUCUGUGAUUUAUGYGACUUUUACACAAACUGUCCUUCCUGUUCCACUGUCCGCUCAUGAGUACCUCCUGUUCGGGAGCGUAAAUAGUUGCUGCUUGAACUCAUAAUGUGUGUAUUUUUCAGAUCCUGCUGCAUUUUUUGGKUCUCCAAUACAGAACAGAUUAGAUUUCUGUCCUCAAAAUUGACUCGAGUGAUAAACUAGAACUGUGCCUUAGAUUGAGAUUUAGUUUUUUUUUUUUGUUUUGAUUUUAUUGCAUUACAGUAAACUAAACGUGUCCUUGCCUCGACAAUCAAGGGUGACUCUGUGAAGAUUUGGUAUCAAUCCCACCUCCCUGUCCACUAAUAAAACCUGUACUGUAAAUAUGUAAGAGCAGAUAUUAUUCAGACUGUUGAAACAAUAAAGUCUUGGAAGAAUA